CUCUCUCAAGUCUCAAAGCCUUUUUAUAAGAACCCUGAGACACCUUGUGUUCAUAGAAAGACCUUCCUUUCUACGUAUUAAUUUUCACAUCUUCUCUCUCAUUUGCUUUGUUUUCCCAAUCUCUUUGUAACAGUCGUAUAGCUUGGGUCACGAACCUACACUAACAACGUUCAUUGGUACAUCACACGGCCAGCUUCGUCGGUUGUUACAGAGAGACAAUUAGUUUUAGAAUAAAUUAAAAAAAAAGUCAUCAUGGGUUUUCUUCACAAGCUUUGGGAUGAAACACUCGCCGGACCGGCACCUGAAUCCGGCCUCGGUAAGCUCCGAAAGUACGACUCCAUGUCUAUCCCGUCCUCUUCGCCAAUGGCUGCGAAUGAGGUUCCGGUCACUCGGAGCAUUACUAUUCUUAGGACUAGUUCGUCCACCCUUGGAAACCUUUCACCUGAUUCCGGCUCCCCCUCAGAGUCCCCAACCACACCAGGAACUCCAAGAACCCCUGGAACACCAGGUGCAAGGAAUUUCAAGAAAUUAACAAGGAGGAAAUCGUCUGCUGAUGCUUUGACACGCGCCGAACCUAGAAGUCCGACUGGUUACGAUUGGAUGGUAAUUACUGCUUUGGAUCGUUGAGAGAGGAAGUGAAGAAGAUUUUGCUAAAGUAUCGGCCGGCGGCUCCACACCAUUGUACAUAGAGAACCUUACCUUUAUGGGAACUUGAUGCAUAUACAAGUAUAUAGAUGUAAUUAUCUAAGUACGUACUACUACAUAUAAUAAGACGGUUCAACUGACGAGGAACAGCAGAGGAACCGAUGCUCCUUGGAGAUUAUGGAGGAUUUGAAGUAGGGUUUGCUAUUUCACCUAUAUAUUUUCAUGUUUCCAUGUGAUCUUCAAGUUUUGUUUUGUAUUUUUAUCUGAUCUUUGUACAUAUGGAUUUGUGUAUUGAAUCCUCCCCUUCAUGAAACUCCUAAAUUUGGAGCUUAAUAAUUAACUUAAAGUAUACUCUUAAA